ACUUGAACCUCUCAAUUGAAUAUUGAAUCUUAGUGUUUUGAUCAUUGUAUUAAUUUUUGUUAUCCUUAUUGUGCACGAAUUAAUCCGAAAAGUCAUACAUUUUCUAAUUACACUUUCGCUAAACUCUUCUGAAAUUUGGAAAACGAUAUUCACCCCCUGCUAGCACAUAUUCUUAUUCGCCAUAUAGACCAACAAACCAUGCUACUUAUUCACCUCUGGUCUGUGUGUCACUAUGCCAAGAUCUUCGACAUCUGGAAAUACUCAGGAUAUGGAUUUGUCGACAGGUUAACGAAAUUGUUGCAAUGGAAAAUGGGUCAAUGAAAAAUAGCAUUAGUUUUCCUCGAUUGACUGAAAUGACAUUAAUUGGUUUGACAAACGUCAAGAGUUUUUAUCCAGAAAAACACACAUUAGAGUGCCCUUCAUUGAAUGUGUUAAAAGUGUAUCGAUGUGAAGCAUUGAAGAUGUUUUCCUUCAGUCCUUUAUGCUGCAAACAGCCUGCUCAGGUGGAUGAAAUUCAUGAUAUGCCAUUCCAAAUACCUCUAUUUUCUAUUGAAAAGGUAAGCCCCAACUUGAAAGAUUUGGCAUUAUGUAGCAAGGAUGCAUUGAAAAUAUUGAAUGGUGGUUGUCUGGAAAAUAACUUUCAGAAAGUUGAAGUUCUUCGUUUGCACCAUUUCGACGAAACUCCAGUUACUUUUUUGAAUGGUUUCCAUGCAAUGUUUCCCAAUGUGGUAACGCUUCAAGUGCGUGGUAGUUCUUUUGAAAUAUUGUUCCUCUCAGGAGGAAUUGAUCAUAUAAAUUCACAAUCUCCCAAGAAAAUACAAAAUUUGUGGCUUUUCGAAUUAGAACAACUCAGAUUUAUUUGGCAGGAAAACUUUGCAGGAGAUCAUUUUGUAGUGCAAGAUCUUGAAGGUUUGACCGUACUCAAUUGUCCCAAUUUGAUAACCUUGGUACCAUCAUCAUUGUCUUUAAAAUAUUUAACCGAUUUGGAGGUUAACAAUUGCAAAGGUUUGAUUUAUUUGAUAACAACCAAAACAGCUAAAAGUCUUGUACAACUCAAAAGAUUAGUCAUAGCAAAUUGUGAGAUGAUGUUGGAUGUUGUCAAGAUUGAUGAAGAAAAAGAAGAGGAAGAAGUCAUAUUUGAAAACUUGGAAUUCAUGGAAUUCUUUUCUUUGUCUAGUUUGGGAAGCUUCUGCAAUGGGAAACAAACAUUCAUAUUUCCGUCGUUGCUGCAUUUUGUUGUUCAAGGAUGUCCUCAGUUGAAGAUUUUCUCAUCAGGAGUCACAAUAACACCAUUCCUAACAGGGAUUACACUUAGAGUCGAAAACCGAAGAAUACGGUGGAAAGAUGAUCUUAACACCACUAUUGAACAGCUGUUCAUAGAGAAGGAAGUCUCGCGUUCUAUUGAGAAAUAAGACCGUCAUAUUCUCACAUGCAGAAUUGAGGUGAAGCCUUGUAAUAAAUGCAACAUGAUACUUAUUGUGCAAAUCACCACUGAUGUUAUAAACCUUGGAUCUCAUAAGGCCACAAAAAAUUGGAAAGAACAGAACUUUUGUUCUAGCAUAGGAGAUGCUCUUAAUUAUGGUCAUUUUGCUAACUGUUGUAGCAGUCAACAUUUGUUUGAUAACUGCUGUAUUAAUAUUGAAUUCUGUAAUAAAACAUGUUGAACUUUUCGAAUUCUUAAUUCAC